AUGGAACACGCCGAAAAUGCCUCUGAAAAUGUCCAAGACGAUGGCUCAGACAUAGGGCAAUAUUCAAGUUCCGAAUCGUCAAGGCCACGCAGAGUAUCUCGUCCUGUCCCAAGACUAAUAGAAGAGAUUAGAAACAUAAAAAAGAAAAAGAAAAAAACUAUUUUGGAUGUCCCAAAGAAGUUAAAUAAUCGUGAGCGUAAUGAUGAUAUAUUAAGGGCACUUCAUAAGCUUAUCUUUGAUAUUAUUGGCGAUAGCGGAGGGAUUAAGAAGAGGUUGCGAAGGUUUUCUGGAUUCGUGUUUGAAAGUGAAGAGGAAGAGAAAUAUGCGUUGCUAAACCUUGAAUUAUGGACCUCCGAAGAUAUUAGAGAAUGUCUUUCAUUGUUUGAUGUAAAAACAACGGGCGAUAAGGAUGCACUUGUUGAACGCAUGUUUAACUUUCUAAAAAAACCAUAUGAUGUAAACACGAAAAGAGGUCGUCCUCGGAAACUUCACAAAAAAAUAACGGUAAUUGAACCAACUCCAAUGCAACCGGAAUCUUUUACCAUUCCUAUUCCUCAAUCAUUUGAUACUAUUCGUCGAGCACCGCGUCAUAAAUCGCCACUACAAAUAUUUUUCACACAUCAAAGACCCAUAUACAAAUCAAGAAAAUGUAAUAAAAACGCUUCACGAAAAGAAAUCGAGCAACAGAUGGCUGCGGCCUAUAACAGAUUAUCAGUAGAGAAAAAACAAAAGUAUAUUGAUAUCGCUGAACAUGAUAAUCACGUAAUGGAUGAAGCAUAUUUGAAGUAUACGGCUGCUUUGGUUCAGUCGAGUAGUCGGCAAAUAUCUUCAGAUUCCGCCAUUGACGUGAACUCUUAUUUGGAUAGUCAAAAUAUAUCAAUAACAAAAGACAUCAUAGGUCAUCUGGUCGAUGGGACUGGAAUCCACACUACCAAUGAGAGACUUAAUAAUGAAUCAAUUAAUAAUAAUACGAAUCAAAUGCAGAUUCAAGACAUUAUAAAUAAUGACUCGCUUCAAGUGGAUGAAUAUCCUCAAAUGCCAGAUGAGAUAAUUGAUAGGAAUAAUCCUAAUGAAGAAGAGAAUACUCAAAGUCUCGAAAUAUUAGAUAAUGGGUUAACAGAAAUGGAGGAAACUUCAGCUGAAACAGACAUUAAUAAUAACAUGAAACAAGAGAUCUAUGAGGGCAUGUCUCAAGCGGGUGAAAGUCCUCGAAUUGUAACUGAAAUAGUCAAUGAUAAUAUGGAUGAAAGUUUCGAACCUUUAUAUGUUCCAGCUAAUGCUGUCAAUUAUAUCAAUAAUGGCUUGUCACAAGUGGAUGAGGUUCUCCGAAUCCCAGCUGAAUUAGUUAAUAAUAAUGAAGUUCUCGAAAUACUUAAUGAUAGAUUAAGAGAGCUGGAUAAAACUCGAGCUCAAGAAACAUAUAAUAUUAAUAUGAAUCAAAUGAAUGACCAAAAUCUCGAAAUACAACUAUCAACUGAAACAGAUAUUGGCCGCAACACCGAUCAAGUUAAUACUCAGAAUCUUGAACUAUCAAUGACUGCAAUAGCUCGAACGGGUGAGAUUCAGAUUUCAGAAGAGAUAAAAAAUGAUCACAGUGGUCAACUAAAUAUUCAGGGUUUCGAACUUUUAUCGUACGCAGAUCAUGAAACUCGAGUUCAACCAGAAUCAAUCGAUAACAGCACAGAUCAAGUCACCAAUAAUAAUUUGGGACUAUUGAUUAAUGCACUUUCGCACUUGGACAAUGACAUUCGAGUUCCAGCCAAAUCAUCAACUGAUAAUGACACGGGUCAAGUGAAUGAUCACAAUCUCGCAAUAUCAAAUAAUAUUUCGUCACAAGUAAAUCAUACUCAAAUUCCAAUAAGCGCAUUAUUGAAUUCAGAUGAUAGUGAUGUUUUAGUAUCUACAAUUCGAGAGAAGUUUCAUCAAAUUCCCGACCAAUCAAUUAACAAGUUUCACGAAACUCGGAUUCCUGUAAGCAUUUUAUGUAACGAAGACGAUACAGCGAUUCCUUUAAUUCAUGAAUUUCAAAGUUAUCAACCAAUCACGAACAAUGUACCCCUUGUCAUGCCACAAGUAUCGCAAGAGAUGUCAUCUUACUAUAUAUAUGGCAUUGACGAUCGAUCCCAACCCUCCGAAAUCAUCAAAUAUUCUUCUCAAGUUAAUGUUGAAGAGUCUAAUAAUAGUAACGUCAAUGGCAGAGGAGAGAAAAGAAAAUUCAUUGAUGAAUGUGAUUUCUUAUGA